ACGCGCGCCGUGAGGACUGCUGUUGCUAUGAUGCAAUGGCCACUGCGCCGUGGGAAGCGAGCGAGGAGUUGAAUGAGUUUCCUCCACAGUUGAGGACACACAGCCGCCGACCGAGCCGACAGCCGCGGACACACCGAUAGAAGCCUUUCCGGACUCUGUGCAUGGAAACACGGAUCCAGUCACGUUUUGUGGCAUUGUCCUCAUCGCCUCAGCGGACCGCAUUGUACUGGACCACCAUGGCUGAGAGAACCUCCGCCGGGUUGCUCUCAAUGAUGCUGGAACCCACGCCGGCGGUCGCGAUGACCCUUCCGGCGGAGGUCCGGGAGAAGCUGGCGGAGCUGGAGCUGGAGCUGUCUGAAGGAGACAUCACUCAGAAGGGCUAUGAGAAAAAAAGAAGCAAGCUGCUGGCGCCCUACAUCCCACAGAUACAAGGUGUAGAUCCAUCUUUGCAAAUUGACAACAGGAUCCAGGCCUCCUCCCAAGUUGUUCUUCCAGUUUCCAAACACAACAAGUCCCGGGCCGGCAAUGCCCGUGAUGAGCGCUUCAGAUCUGAUCUGCACACAGAGGCCGUCCAAGCUGCUUUGGCAAAGUACAAAGAGAGGAAAAUGCCAAUGCCCUCGAAGAGACGAUCUGUGUUAGUUCAGUCUUCAGUCGAGGCGUGCACCCCACCUGACACCUCCUCAGCGUCAGAAGAUGAGGGCUCACUGCGACGGCAGGGACGCCUAGCCACAUCCACGCCCUAUCAGGGUCACAGCCACCCAGCAGUCGAGCACUGGUUCAACCGGGUCAUCCAGGGCUCGUCCACCUCCUCCUCAGCCUCAUCCACCUCAUCCCACCCAGGAGGCAGAUCUGUCACCAACAGCGCCGCUCACGCUGCCCUCAACGCCAACGCCACUGCGACCGCGCUAGCAGACCUCAUGGCACACACCCAGCUGGAUAACCACUCAGCACCCCCCGAUGUGACGGGGUUGUCCGAGCGCUCCUCGAUUCACCUGGAGCGGCACCAGGCGGGCUCGGUCCGAGGCGUUUCCCGCAGCUACAACCACCAUGCCAGCAUGAUGGAGACCGCAGAUGGCUGUGAGUGGGGAGGUGACGGAUCCCUGACUUUAAUCGAUGGUGUUCCUGUCAACAGUCGUGUCUCCAACAAAAUCCAGCAGCUGCUCAAUACAUUAAAGAGACCAAAGCGUCCACCAUUACGUGAAUUCUUUGUUGACGACUUCGAGGAGCUUUUAGAUGUCCAGCAGCCCGAUCCCAACCAGCCCAGGCCAGAGGGCCAGCAGAUGAGCCCCCUGGAGGGAGAGCCUCUCGGGGUGGUCACCAACUGGCCUCCUUCUCUGCCAGCAGCCCUGCAAAGGUGGGGCACCACUCAUCCAAAGAACCCCUGUCUGACAGCACUCGACAACGCCGGCAAGCCCGUCUACACACUCGCCUACGGUAAACUUUGGACCCGCAGUCAGAAACUGGCCUACACUUUGCUAAACAAGCUGAGCAGUAGAAAUGAGCCUUUGCUCAUGCCUGGAGACAGAGUUGCGCUCGUUUUCCCCAACAAUGACCCCGUGAUGUUCAUGGUGGCCUUCUACGGCUGCCUCCUGGCAGAGCUGGUACCUGUGCCUAUUGAAGUCCCGCUGACCAGAAAGGAUGCAGGCAGUCAGCAGAUUGGCUUUCUGUUGGGCAGCUGCGGGGUCACGCUGGCACUGACCACUGAUGCUUGUCAGAAAGGCCUGCCCAAAGCACAAACAGGGGAGGUUGUCACUUUCAAAGGCUGGCCACGGCUGCUUUGGUUCGUGACAGAUGGGAAGCAUGUUGUGAAGCCUCCGAAAGACUGGCACCCGCCAGUACGGGAAGCCAGCAAUGACAUUGCUUAUAUAGAAUAUAAAACAAGCAAAGAGGGAAGCACCAUGGGAAUAACCGUGUCCCAUUCAGCCAUGCUGGCUCACUGUCAGGCCCUCACACAGGCCUGCGGCUACACAGAAGGUGAAACUAUCACAAAUGUUCUGGACUUUAAACGCGAAGCAGGAUUAUGGCAUGGUGUCCUCACGAGCGUCAUGAAUCGGAUGCACGUGAUCAGCAUUCCCUACUCCUUGAUGAAAGUCAACCCUCUGUCCUGGAUACAGAAGGUUCACAUGUACAAAGCGCGGGUAGCGGUGGUGAAGUCGAGGGACAUGCACUGGUCUCUGCUGGCCCAGAGAGACCAGAGAGACAUCAGUCUGAGCUCACUACGGAUGCUGAUCGUGGCAGAUGGAGCUAACCCAUGGUCGAUAUCAUCCUGCGACGCCUUCCUCAAUGUGUUUCAGGCACGUGGGCUACGACCUGAGGUGAUCUGCCCAUGUGCCUGCUCCUCAGAAGCAAUGACUGUCGCCAUCCGGAGACCUCCAGAGAUGGGUGUUCCUCCUCCAGGCAAAGCAGUGCUGUCCAUGAGCGGACUGAGUCACGGUGUGAUCCGAGUGGACACAGAGGAGAAACUCUCUGUCCUCACAGUCCAGGAUGUGGGCCAGGUCAUGCCUGGAGCUGUCAUUUGCGUGGUGCGAGUGGAGGGAACACCUUUCCUCUGCCAGACAGACGAGGUUGGAGAGAUCUGCGUGAGCUCAGGCAGCUCUGGCUUAGCGUACUACGGUCUCCCAGGCAUGACCAAGAACAUCUUUGAGACUAUCCCGCUAAAACCAUCUGGAGUUUCCAUCAGUGACAGAACUUUCAUCAGAACCUCCCUGCUGGGCUUUGUGGGACCAGACAACCUUGUGUUUGUUGUUGGGAAGAUAGACGGCCUCAUGGUCGUCAGUGGGCGGAGACACAACGCAGAUGAUGUGGUUGCCACGGCGCUGGCUGUAGAGCCCAUGAAGUUUGUGUACAGGGGAAGGAUAGCAGUAUUUUCAGUGUCGGUCCUGCAUGAUGAGAGGAUCGUUGUGGUGGCCGAGCAGAGGCCAGACGCCUCAGAGGAGGACAGCUUCCAGUGGAUGAGUCGCGUCCUCCAGGCCAUUGACAGCAUCCACCAGGUUGGGGUGUACUGCCUCGCUCUCGUUCCUGCCAACAUUCUUCCGAAAGCUCCUUUGGGCRGCAUCCACAUAUCUGAGACUAAGCAGCGUUUCCUGGAGGGCGCCCUGCAUCCCUGCAACGUCCUCAUGUGUCCUCACACAUGUGUCACCAACCUGCCCAAACCAAGACAAAAGCAACCAGAGGUUGGUCCUGCCUCUAUGAUAGUGGGCAACCUGGUGGCAGGCAAGAGGAUAGCGCAAGCCUGUGGGAGAGACCUGGGGCAGCUCGAGGACAAUGACCAGGCACGUAAGUUCCUCUACAUCCAGGAUGUGCUGCAGUGGAGAGCUCAGGCCACUCCGGAUCAUCCUCUGUUCCUCGUUCUCAAUUCAAAGGGCACAGUGUCCAGCACAGCUUCCUGUCUGCAGCUGCACAAGCGAGCAGAGCGCGUGGCAGCAGCUCUGAUGGGACGCCUCAACACUGGGGACCAUGUAGCACUCGUCUACCCACCGGGAAUCGACCUGAUUGCAACCUUCUAUGGCUGCCUGUAUGCUGGGUGCGUCCCCGUCACAGUUAGGCCUCCUCACCCCCAGAACCUGGCCACCACUCUGCCGACUGUCAAGAUGAUUGUUGAGGUCAGUAAGUCGGUGUGUAUCCUGACAACUCAAGCAAUAAUGAAGCUACUGAAAUCCAAAGAGGCUACAGCAGCUGUGGACAUCAAGAGCUGGCCCACCGUAAUGGACACUGAUGACCUCCCUAGGAAGAAGUGUCCUCAGACAUACAAGCCCCCCACACCAGAGAUGCUGGCUUACCUGGACUUCAGUGUCUCAACAACUGGGAUCCUGGCAGGAGUCAAAAUGUCUCAUUCUGCCACCAGUGCCUUGUGUCGCUCCAUCAAGCUGCAGUGUGAGCUCUACCCUUCCCGGCAGAUCGCCAUCUGCCUGGACCCUUACUGCGGCCUGGGCUUGGCUCUCUGGUGCCUGUGCAGUGUUUACUCCGGCCACCAGUCGAUCCUCGUUCCUCCUCUUGAGCUGGAGAGUAAUGCUUCUCUGUGGCUUUCCGCUGUCAGCCAGUACAAAGUCCGCGUCACCUUCUGCUCAUAUUCAGUCAUGGAGAUGUGCACCAAGGGUCUGGGCUCACAGACAGAAGCUCUGCGGUUGCGAAAUGUGAAUCUGUCCUGUGUGCGGACGUGCAUGGUGGUGGCGGAGGAAAGGCCUCGGAUCACCCUCACUCAGUCCUUCUCAAAGAUCUUCAAGGACUUGGGGCUCUCACCGCGAGCUGUCAGCACCACCUUCGGCUGCAGAGUGAACAUAGCAAUCUGUUUGCAGCCCAACAGGUUAGGGAAACUGGCUGAGCAGGGAACAUCUGGACCAGAUCCCACCACCGUUUAUGUGGAUAUGCGAGCUCUGCGACAUGACAGGGUUCGCCUUGUGGAGAGAGGAUCCCCUCACAGUCUGCCCCUGAUGGAGUCUGGGAAGAUUCUGCCUGGAGUAAAAGUGGUCAUUGCCAACACAGAGACGAAAGGACCUUUAGGAGACUCACAUCUAGGAGAGAUCUGGGUGAGCAGUCCUCACAACGCCACRGGCUACUACACGGUUUAUGGGGAAGAGGCGCUGCAUGCUGACCACUUUAACACCAAGCUCAGCUUCGGAGACACCCAGACCAUCUGGGCAAGAACCGGUUAUCUGGGCUUCCUGCGACGCACCGACCUCACCGACGCCAGUGGAGAGCGCCACGAUGCGCUCUAUGUGGUGGGCUCUCUUGACGAGACUCUGGAGCUGAGGGGAAUGAGGUAUCACCCCAUCGACAUCGAGACCUCCGUCAUCCGUUCUCACAAGAGCAUAGCCGAAUGUGCGGUGUUCACAUGGACCAACCUCCUGGUGGUAGUGGUGGAGCUGGAGGGAUCCGAGCAGGAGGCCCUGGACCUGGUGGCCUUGGUGACAAACGUUGUCCUGGAGGAGCACUACCUCAUCGUGGGAGUAGUGGUUGUUGUUGACCCCGGUGUAAUCCCCAUCAACUCCAGAGGGGAGAAGCAGCGGAUGCAUCUCAGAGACGGUUUCCUAGCCGACCAGCUGGAUCCUAUUUAUGUGGCGUACAACAUGUGAGGGGCCCGUCUACCAGAGGGUUACCCCCUCCUGUGUUUUUUUUAUUUUUGCCCUACUCCUGGAGACAGCAGAACAUGAAUGCCUUGUGUGAAAAAGGCAUAGAGUGACUCUUGCUCUUCAACACAAGGCAUGAGACCAAAACAUGGAUACAAGACUUAGAAAAAAAAAAAAAAGAGAAUCCCAGAAGGUAUGAGACUGACACAAACCUCACUGUUUCCGACGUGAGGUCGGAAACAGACAAGGGAUUUUGUGCAUGCUGACAGCUUAGUUUGUCAGCAUAUUUUGGAGGGCAUUUUUAUUUUACUGCUGUGAGUUUUGGAUGUAUAUCAUAACUCUGGACUCGUCAAUCCCAGGUGCAGCACAGCAGAAUUAUAGUACGACACUACGGCGUGCCAAUAGAUGUAAUUUAUUUUGUUAGGUUCGGAAUGGAUGAAUGUUCAGCGUGUGCUCAUGCCAGCACACCAAAUGACAUUAAAACUACAUGUCCAGAAGUUUUUGUGUUACAGGUCCGACACUUUUCAUGGAAAACACAUCCUAGCAUUACAGCUCUUCUCUUAAUUUAUGUCCACAUCAUGAAUAUGUGUUGAUGAAGGAGCACAUGGUUUGGUAGGAUGGGUUAAUGGUGUUGGUUUGGCUUGCUGUUAUUACACGUUGUGAGUCAAACAGCAUGUGAUCUGUGCAUGAAGUUUUACACACUCCUCUAGGGCAUGCAUAGAAGAUGAAAGCAUAGGCAGAAUAUACAGCUUCCAUUACAUUAUGGUACACUAAAUACACAUUGGUUCAUUGCUAAAAUCACAAAUUAUCAUAAAAAAGCUUUUAAAAUGAUAAAAUAAAUAUGAUGAGGCUACUGCACUCUCUCAUAUUAUCUGAUGGAUAUAGCAGCAUAACUCAUUAGAAACUGCACUAAAAAUAAACCACUAGCAAACAUUUUGUUUUAAUAAGAAAAUAUCCUACAAAUUUAUUUUAAAAGUAGCUUUGUGAUACGGUAGAGGUGUGACAGGCAGAGGUUGUCACACCUCUACAAUUGUGACUUGAAUUUGUGGAUUUGCGAGAGUUGAGACUUCCCAGGAUUUCAACAGGUCGUUGAUGGAUUUACUUAUCAACAACCUGUGUCUUCACUUGGACUCAAGGCAUCUGACUUGAAAAUAUUAAUCAAUGGAAGUGAACCUGGUGUGCAAGGCAGCCUGCUAUGCAGGCCUGAUCUUCCCUUGAUAUUUUCUCCAUGGCUUGCUGCAACAUUCCAAGUGGUUUUAUAAUUAGAAAAUCUCUUGUAAAUUCAGGGCUGAGUACCUCAACACCUGCUGAUCUGCUGGGAUUUUCACACACUGCUGUCCCUCAGAAAAACAGUGGAAUAGAAAAUCAGUGUUGACAUCAGAGGUCAGAAGAGAAUAAUGUUUAGCUCACAUCGCAGAGCAACUCACAUCGGGUAAUAACGGGUGUUUGUGUCACAGGCCUUCAGAUAAUGUAGAGUGCAUUUGCUGAUUCCCUCUCAUCGUUUUCUACAUCCUGACAUGUAAAAUAGUAACUGAUUAGUUUUAACAUGUGAUACAUGUGAUGUGAAAGAUGUAGCUCUGAACGAUUUAAUUCCCAAAGUGCUGAUUAGUUUAAAUCUAAAGAUGGACAGGAGCAGGAUUGUGAUUGUGGAUUUCUGUUAGCUGCGAGCUAAAGGACACAAAUGAAGCCUUAAGUGUUUUUAAGAUGCCUGCUUAUAUUCCAGCUUAGUUUGUCAGCAGUGUGAUGGAGUGUGAAUAUGCAGAUUGAAGCUCGUGUUUAUGACAGGUGUUUUACGUUUUAGAUUAAUAUAGUUAUACUUGAUCCAAACAUCAGCCACCGCAAACAUUCUUAAACAUUUCUAUGAUUGAAAGUGGGUUUUAUAGAAGCUGAAUAAAAUAAUUUCCGGUAGGCAAAGGUGUUGUCUUACCCUAAUUUUCCUGUGCCGUAAGGUUAAAUGAGAGUUUGAGCUGCAAAUGCGCAAUAUAGAUUUACUGUCUAAUAUCCUCAUGUCACUCUGUUUGUUGCUCCUUUGAAUUUUAAAGUUUCUUCAGUGACAAACUCCAGCCUUGUAAGUAUGUACAGAUUUUGUGUAAAUUAUUUUUGAUGAGGCGGCAACAGGAAACUCCAAAUAAAGAUUAAUUCUGGUAUAUCUGUGAAUUUCUCACUCGUGUACAAAAACAGUUUCUCAUGUGGGAUGCCUUGUAAAGAUUUCUUCGGUGGGGAUGGAUACUUCCGAGAUGAGGUGAUCAAAACUCCAGCACAAAGAGAAGACAGUUGUACUCUGAAACUGCAGGAAUGUCGCAUAAGUCAGAGCAAAGUUUUGUGGUGAUGUACAGGAAGAUAAAAUUGUCUAAGAUGAUUGGUCAGUUGUCAUUAUUUUCAUAACAUGAUUUGAUAAUAAAAAUAAAACAAAAAGUACUUUUAACUUAAA